AUGGCUCCCUCAACACCCAUAACCUACCCAACCAAGAUGUCCCCCAGCAUCCAAGCCACCUUCAAGCACCACAACGCCCUCCCCCUCUCAGACCGCGAAAAGCCCCUCUUCGUAAUCGACGUCGCAACCGUCAAAGACACCGUCCGCGACUUUAUCGCCUCCAUGCCAUCUACAGCCAACAUCGACGUCGUGCACUUCGGCGCCGUCAAGGCCUGCGCCGCUAAACCCGUCACCGACGUGUACGACCAGCUCCGAUGUGGUUUUGAUUGCGCUUCCAAGGGUGAAGCCAAACCUCUUGUUGACCAAGGUAUCAAUCCUGCUCGUAUUUCACUUGGGAAUUGCAAUCUUCCUACUAAUGAGCUUGAGUGGGGUAUUGAUGUUGGGAUUCAGUAUUUUGCUGUUGAUAGCACUUCGCAGGUGCACCGUAUGCUCGAGGCAGCGGGUCGUGUUGCUAAGCGAAAGGGUUGUGAGGUGGCUACUAUUCUCGCUAAUAUCAAACCCUUCUGUCGUCUUCUCUGUUCUGGAAAAGGUUCUGACAAGCCUUUCUCCGCCAAGUUCGGUGUCGACCCCGAAAUGGCCUUUACUGUCAUCGAGGAAGCUCAGGCGCAUGGUCUCACUUUCAUCGGUCUCUCUGGUCAUCCUGGUACCCAGAACCUCGCUACCGAUGCUUUCGUCCAGUUCGCCAAGCUCUUCCGUGGUGUCUUUGACCGUGUCAAGACUGAACUCGGAAUCACUAUGACUCUGGCUAACAUUGGUGGAGGAUGGGCUGGUAUCUCUACCAAGACUGCCCCUUCUUUCGCCGACUACAAUAAACCCACCAUCAACAUCUUUUCCUCCGUCUUUGCAGACUGGCCCGUCAAACUUAUCAUGAUGACCGAGCCCGGACGAGCUUUCAUCUCCAAGGCUGGAUGGCUUCAGACCCAUGUCAUCAACGUCUCAAAGCACACCGCUGGUGCUUCUAUUUCGCGCGUCUUUCUCUCCGUUGGUACUCUCCACGGAUUGAACGAGGCCAACAAGAUUUCCUUCGAGUGGCACACUUCUGCUCCUUCUGAGAAGACCAAAGCUUGUGUUCUGUAUGGUGCUAGCUGUGAUAGCUCCGACAUCAUCCUUGGAAAGGACGCCAAUGGAAGGGAGAAGACUGUUGAUCUUCCUGAUGUGCUUGCUCCGGAUCACCUCGUCUGGGUCUAUGGUCCUGCUGCCUAUGGGCCCGACUACUCAACUUCCUUCAACGGCGUUCCUCCCCCCAAGGUCGUCUACAUCAACUCCAAGUAG